UCGAUAUUAAGUGACAUUUGACACCGCCCUAUCAAUUUACUUUCAAAUACAAUCAAUUUCUUGUGAUAAGAUAACAUUAUCAAUGAAUCAUCAAUGAACAAUACAACAUUUUACUGUUGUUGUGAAAUUUAAACUAUCAGAACCUUCGUAACCUCUUCCUUAUCCUCGGAAAGUGCAACUUAUGGCAGAUCCGAAAAUGUCUGGAAAAACAGUUAUCAAAGGAAACCCCUCGCAGUAUGUGAAACUAAAUGUAGGCGGUUGCCUACAUUACACCACCAUUGGUACGUUAACGAAACACGACACUAUGCUCAGAGCCAUGUUUAGCGGUCGUAUGGAGGUUCUAUCAGAUUCCGAUGGGUGGAUCUUAAUAGAUAGGUGUGGCAAGCAUUUCGGUAAUGUUUUAAAUUUUCUACGUGACGGCAGUGUGUUUUUACCCGAGAGUAGUAGAGAAAUCGCAGAGUUAUUAGCGGAGGCAAAAUAUUACUGCAUAGCCGAACUUGCAGAUGCUUGCAACCAAGCACUUUUAAAAAAGGAGCGUGAAGCGGAACCCAUUUGUAAAGUACCAUUAAUUACAUCCCAAAAGGAGGAAGAACUGCUAAUUAGUUCAACCACAAAACCUGUGAUUAAAUUGUUGAUAAAUCGACACAACAAUAAAUAUUCUUACACCAGCACUUCUGAUGAUAAUUUGCUCAAAAACAUAGAAUUAUUCGAUAAGCUUUCGUUAUGGUAUAACAACCGGGUGCUGUUUAUAAAGGACGUUAUAAGUACCAGUGAGAUUUGCUGUUGGAUUUUUUACGGGCACGGUAAAAAGGUUUCCGAGGUGUGUUGCACCUCUAUAGUUUACGCGACCGAUAAAAAGCACACCAAAGUGGAAUGUCCCGAGGCACGCAUCUACGAGGAGACUUUAAACAUACUACUGUACGAAAGUCGACAAGCCCCAGAUCAAGAGUUGAUGCAAGCGACGUCGCGCGGACCCGUAUCUGGCAUGUCCUCGUACACUAGCGACGAAGAGGAGGAGAGAACCGGACUGGAAAGACUGAGAUCGAAUAAGUCGAGCAACCAAGGAUAGCUGUUGGCCCUGUUCGAAGAACGUAUGGCGGAUCCUAAUUUGGUCGGGGUGCAUUCUUGCUACUACAAAUGGAAUGACGAUGUAUGAGGUCUAUGUAAAUAUUUCGGUCGUAUGUGCGCAAAAUGAGGUGUGGUCUACUUCUCUAUUAAUUGUUAAAUUAUUAUAUGCCAGUAUUUUACCCUCUAUAUCUAUAUGUAUUUAAAUUCCUUAUAGGAUUACUAUUCGUAUUGAUACAUUUAUCAAUUUUUAUUAAUGAAUUCGGCUGUCAGAGCUCUAGGAAUAAUUGUAAUUCCCAAUUUUCAUAAUAAACUUUUAAUAUUUAAA